CCUAUCACUGCACGUGAAUCGACUUAACGUAGGCUAGUACAAUUUGUCAUGUGUGUGCGGUAGCGCAGCCAGGCCGGAUUCCCAGGUAGAAUUUCAAUGAACAUGAAGCAGUCUGAUGUUACCCAAGAAAUAUUGAAAUGACUAUGUCUGCGUUCCCUUCACCACAUUAUCCAGCCAUCGUUCCUCUCGGUAGCGAAGGCUGUGAUCCGUUUGAAGCAUUUGGUUGUGCCCAUGCAUGUGACAUCAGACGAGGAGAGGAUGGUUCUCUUCAGAAAUACUUUCAGUAUAACAUCACCAAGGAAGCUGCACAGAAUCUCGUACCUGCAGGAGCUUGCGUGCCUUUCUUGCCACCAAAUGAUGGUUCACCUGUCGGUGUUGUUCAUUAUGAAGAUUAUGUCAGGAGAGGAACAAUGAAGAAACGCCUUGGUAUGAACAUUGAGCAACAGGUUGAACAAUUGUAUGCAAGCAAUCCUGACUUGGGAUUUGGACCUGUCUAUGAUGUAUUGUCCAAUGAUGAAUGGAAGCAGAUUAAAAAACUACAUGUACCAACCACCAAAUACUGCCAAAGCCUCCUAAGAAAGAACAAGUCCAUCAUCGAUGCGGUAUCUUCUGUAGGAGUUCAGCGUUCGCUGUUGCAGGGGUUACUCAGAGAGGAAACCCAUCAGCAAAUUGAAAGAAUGUAUCACAAUGAGUUAUAUUACGGAGGCUGUUUAUCUUACGAACCUUUCAAGUCAUCGACUACAGAGGGCGGCAGUGGACUAUUGUUUCAUCCCAGUGGACAAGCACUAGAUACACUCAAUAUUCAUGUUUUGGAAUCUGAAUCUGUUCCUUGCUUCAAGCCGUCAACAUCUUUGAAACAUCAGAUCUCUGUGGCAGGCUGUAUAAGGCAAAUAGAAACCCAUAGAUUGUCUUUGAAAAAAGAGAUUUACGCUGGCAUCAGGACAGACUACCACGCUUACGUUGUGAGAUGUAAGAGGAAAGAGAGCCUGAAAUGCAAGCUCAUACAUGACGUGACGUCACAGUACAGAAUAACUUCAAUAUCUCUCAGCCCUCAUUUAGAAGGGGAAUUCUUGUUUACAAAUGAAAGAGGACAAGUCAGUCACAUAGACCAGAAAAAAAAGGUCUCUAUGUCACCCUCGAGGGAGCAUACGCCGGCGUACGCACACUUCACCGCUCACCCUUGUCUUGCCUUUGCCCACACUAAAGACCAAGCGUAUCAGGUUGAUUUUAGGUUACCCAACCUAACGGAAGACCAAAAGAUUCCUCUCUUUCAACUACGAAGCAGCUGCCUACCAGGGGAUCAGUACUUCUGCGUUGCUAGGCAACACCCUAGCAACCCAUUCUAUCAUUGUCUUGCCACUCAGCAUUAUCUAUUCCUCAUGGAUGAAAGAUUUCCACAGCAUUCGGUCCUCCAGUGGCCCCACCUUCUCUCUACUCCACCCACCUGCCUCCACAUCACUCCCUCCAUCUCAUCACCUUCCCUGACGACCUCUGAUGACCUUCUCCUGGCUGCUAGCUACUCUUCAAGGGAGGUGCACUGCUUCCAAUCCUCAAGUUUAAAUGGGCAAGCGCCGUCUUCAACCAGAGCCCCAUGGAAAAUUCAGGAUAGCAAUGCCUGGUUAGAUUUGAUGUCGGUGGUUCCUAGUCAAGAUGAGGAGCUGGUGAGAGAGAGAAUCUCCCGACCUCUCGUAGGUAUGUGUGCAGCUAAGCUGGAGCAGGACCAACAACAAACAAUCACAGUAUUUCAGAUAUCUGAAGUUGGAGACAUCUACCAGCAGGUACUGAAAGUAAACAAUGACGAGGAGUUUGUGGAGUCCAUGGAUCAAGACACGCUGAGUGAGCCUUGCGAGAGGAAAUGUAGGGAUUUCAUAGAAAGGGUCAUCAUGUCAAGUGAAAGCAGGGAAGAGUGUGACAUCACUGUCAAGAAGUUAAAGACCAAGAAGGUUUUGAAAGAAAUAGCUAGACAUAUGGUGGACAAGUCUGAGGGUUGUUGCGUAUGCCAGCCUGGAGAUGCUACGAGACGAACAGGAAACUAUGCUUGCACACAGUGUGGAUUGACAGCAGACCAGUCAAGCUCCCUCGCGGACGUCUUUCCAAGGGCUGUUUUUACUCUACCAAGGAACAAAGCAGACUAUCUUUCGCUGUCUAAGGUAAGGAGUGUAACAAAGCGUGAUGCUGAAUGCUGUAAGCUGGGAAAGAGACUAUGGAACACAUGGCACGCAGAUGAAGACACAACGGACAAGACAUACCGGAAGCUCAUUAAAGAGACAAAGAAGAAAUGUCCUGUGAAACGUCUCGAGAAGAGUGCAAAAACCAGCAUUCCCACCCCAACCAUUGCCAAAGCACCGGAGAAAACUCCAUCUAGACUGGAGCAGUAUGGGAUCCGUCGCAGGAUGUGGCAGGAGGUCCAGGACACCAUGUCACCCAGAAAGACACCACUCCUAGUCCUGGACAGGUUACCAAUGUCUAGAGCGGACGGCAUAAGGCCGAGCAGAGGUAAAAAGGGUCAGUCGGCAGGUGUUCAGGACGUUGUACUACCCAGAGGAGAGUUGAUGGUAGAUGCUGAGAAUCUGCCUCCUCCUCCUAUCCCAAGCCAGCUGGACACUCCUGAAAGCCCAAGGUCACUGUCGUCUUUGGACGAUCAUUCUCCAGACAUUGCAAGAGGAUCCCAACAGCAAAAGCAGAAGCAGCCAAACAAGGAGCAGCAGGACCUUGGGUCAGACUCUCCAGACCAAAGUCCAGUCCCGAACAUGUCUUUGAUCAAACUCACGAGCAGGCUGAAGAAAUCUUUGAAGAAGAAGAAGAGUCAAACCAUGGGAUUUUAGCUAGUAUACACGAUGUACACAUAUCUUUAACAUCCCAGAAGCUAGAUAUUUUAGGGACCUGUUUCACAAAGCCUUUUUUCAUUGACAAAUGACUAAAAUCAGUGACAAAUCUGCUGACAACCAAUCAGAAGCGAGGAUUUCGGUAGCUUAUAACAAAAACUGUCAUUUGUCACCAAUGACAAGUUUUGUGUUACACCCCCCAGAAGGCCCAAAUUCCUUGGUAUCUUGGAAAGGGAUAGCAAAAGCAAGAGGAGCAACACUUUUGCUCAAACUCAAACUCAUCAAAAAAGAGAGCCAAAUUCCCAAGAUCACUGGGAUCAGUUUAUUAAGAAAAAUUCAAAGAAAACUUAAAGGGGCACGUUCCCACCAGUGUAGUUAUUGGAACAUGCCAUCUGCGUAAAAGCUGUAUUCCGUUGGUGUCAAUAGGCAGCUAUAGCACCGUCCGCCAGCGCGUACAUAUUUUGAACGCCCUCUGGAAUACGGGGAACAUGCCCCUUUAAAACAGGAAAGCUCACAUGAUAGGAUUCUAAAUGAAUCACAUCUUUAGCAGUUAUCACUCACAACUCAGCUUGCAUUUGAUAUCAAUAACAAUUCUGUAACAGAUAAGGUGAUUAUAUCUUGUUGUUGAUUUUGACGCUUAUGACCUAUCUAGAUCAGAUGCAACUCUAUUAGACUGGGCUUAGAAUGAAGAGCUUUUGAAAGAUGGAUGAAUGAUAUACAUGAUUAUUGAUAAGAAACUAAGUAUGUAACAGGUUUUGUUUUGCAUCAGUAUAAUUUAACUAGGAACAGGACAGUUUGCUAAUCUUGUGCAUGUUUAUCAGUUACCAACCAACUUAUUUUGAUGCUGCAUUUGAUACUGAAAAUACCACCGACAACAAAUAAUAAAGAAUUACAUUAUUUUGGCUGUAUGAAACCUAUUUUGGUACAAGAGAAAUUUGGUCCGAUUGUAGGAGUUAUUCUAGAGGCUGUGCUGUUGUACAACACAUUCUUUGCAGAUAAUUUGUUUCUACACUGACUUUGUCCACUAACCAGAUCAUCUUAAUUCCAUACAGCCACUAUUAUUUUCUAGAGGAACUUCUGUCUUCAAUCUUAGUGCAAAUUAUACAAACUUUCUUUUGUUUCAAUGGUGUGUAUUCUAUUUAUAUUGUGAAUUCCAAAAAACAUUAUUGUUUCUACAAAUUAUCUUCAUUAGUGAAUAACUUAUUUCAGGUUAUUUUUUUUCUUCAAUUGUAUUAUUUUGUUCCAUGUUUUCGUGACUGCAAAGUUGUGUAUAUUUAGGUGUAUAUUUAAGUAUGUAUAAAAUAUGAAUACUGAAUUUCACUGGGAUACAACGCUUCUUAGAAGUCUAUGUCAUGAAUUUCAUGUUGAUGUUUUUAUUGUUUGAUAAUCAGUUUAUAUUGUGGAUUUCCAUUGAAGAUUGUAACCAUGUAUAUUUAGAGCUUUUGAUAAAGAAUUAUUUAUUUAUCAGUACCCGUGAAGGUUUUGUCCAUCAUGCAUCUGAAUAAAAGUGCAAGUAGAAAA